CCGCUGGCACUCUGUUAUCGAGAUAGAGCGCAGGGCAAGGGCUGACUGAGCAACAGCAGGGCAUCACUAAACAUCAGGGAGAUCCUCUCUACCUUCACCGUUCCCUUGAACACAAGCUCCUGGCGCAGGGAUGUGCCAUAACGGGAAAGCUGCAUCUGUCUGCUGUGUCGCCGUGCUCUACGCACUCUCUGUGCUGAGCUCCACACAUGCCAUCUCGGUGUCCACACACCAUAAUCUCCACAAAACUGUUGGCUCGGAUGUGACACUGUACUGCGGAUUCUGGUCUAGUGAGUACGUCUCUGAUCUCACCACACUGAGCUGGAGAUUCCGCCCUGACAACUCCAGAGAAAUUAUCUCGAUCUUUCACUAUGGCAAUGGAGUUCCUUACAUUGAGAAGUGGGGCCAAUUCAAAGGGAGAGUGGAAUGGGUUGGAGAUAUAUCCAAGCACGAUGGUUCAAUUGUUAUCCGAAAUCUGGACUACAUCGACAAUGGUACCUACACCUGUGAUGUCAAGAACCCUCCAGAUGUGAUUGGAACCUCAUCAGAUGUUCAUCUGACAGUCUACGACAGAAUUCCCCCUAUCGGUGCAGGAGUUGUGUCGGGUGCUAUCAUCGGCACCUUCCUUGGGAUCAUUCUACUAAUUGUUGGAGGACUAUACCUGUUCCGCUACAUUGUCCGGAGACGGGCAAGGAGUGAGACCAUCUUCUUCAAAGGAGCCAGUGCUGCAGAACGUGGAAAGGCCAGUGGGAAGUCUGGGACUGGGACUAAGGGCCCUGUCCUCUACGCCACCCUGGACCAGAGCAAGAGCGGCAAGGGGGCCAGUGAGAAGAAGGCGAAGACCUCGGAGUCCAAGAGGGAACGGAAAUAGCGGUUAGCCCGCCGGGGGGGCGCUGGGAGGGGCAGUGCAGGGGCACCGGCCAGGGCUGGGGACGGCCAGCGUGUGCUUAUGACUAUCGAGCUGACGCUGACAGAUUCGGACACCGGCAGUGACACCGAGGGCAGGGGUCCGGGGGCCGUCACCAGAUAACAGGCCAGUGCCUACCCAUCACCACAAGUUGCAGCUCCCCCUUCCCGUCUUCCGGCUCUCCCUCACCUCGGGCUCCUCUACCACCUCCAUGCAGUCUCAGGGCUGGGCAAGGGGGUUGGUGGUCCAGCUGGGUUGAGAAUAGGUUGGUGGGGGAGGGGGGGUGAUAUUGGAAUAGGGCAAAGGGGAAGGGGCAAUCCUUGUAGAUUCCAAUGAUUGCCAACAGCCCAUGGAGUUGGUAUGUGUGGUUCCUGCAUCAGGUCAGGGAGGGUUGUGGGGGCAGGCAGGCAACCUAACCUCUCUCCCAUUUCCUGCCCUGUUGGUGGCAGAGGGUAGGGGUGACCCUGCAUUGGAAACGUUACCCAUGACCCCGGGGAACCCCAUCCCCUUUCCUUCCCGAUGGCCAAAACUGACCCGCUCCUCCCUUGGCUCACUCCAUACGGUACUAUCUUAUGUCUCUGGGUGCAUCCCAAACCCUCACUGUACGCUCGAGGGGGUGAAAGAAGUACCACCCAACAAGUGCCUCACCCCCAGCACAUUUCCGAGAACAGGAAUGGGGCUGGUUGUUACUCUGAACUGCCAAAAAUCUGGCUUCUGAAACCAAAAGAACAAAAUCAGGAAGGGACUGAGAUUCUGGACACCAUUGGUCAGUUUGGCUGACCAAUGACCAGAAAGACUUUGGUUUCAUUCGUCAGCUUGGCUGCUCUUUGGCUGCCAUUUGUCAGCCUGGCUGGCCAAUGACCAGAGAGACAAUGGCUGCCAUUGGUCAACUGAGUUCAUUAAUGACCUGAGACCCAAUGGCCACCACUGGUCAGCUCAAGAGUGCACUGUACUCAAACUCAAGUUGGCCCACUCAAGCACUGCUCUGACCCCAAGCUGUAAUUGGCUGUUUGGGGACCUGCCCUGAAUAGUGCCUGAGUUGGGCUGUCUGUCACGUCUCAACAAUGACCCCCUCCAACCCCCUGUACUCCCCCACCCAGACAGGUCAAGGGGGGGGUGACACUUCCCCCUCUCUCCCAAGACAGGCCGUAAGACUAACACUGCAAUGCGGGUUAUCCUGUUUGUUGUAUUAAUGGAAUUAACGGCAAGAAUCUGUGUCUAAUCCCAUGGGGUCUGCAACCUCUGCCGAGUGUGUGAGAAUGGAAAAGCAGAGGCCCCCUAAUGAUGUAACAGACAUUUCAGUAAUAAAGAAUAUAAGACAGA